GAGGUAAACAGUUGUGUAACACACGCACAUGGCCGCGUUGUAAAUAUCGAAACCAUGCCAGAGGGUCCCGAGUUGCAUCUUGCUAGCCAGUUUGUGAAUCUUGUCUGUAAAGGGAGAAUAUUUAAAGGUCCAAUAGUAAAAUCUGAAGUGAGUAAACAUGCCCAUGUUGAAUUUGAAGACGAAUUCACAAUCUCGGCGACGUCCAGGGGCAAGGAGAUGAAGCUGACUCUGGCCACCCCAUGUGUGGAUGAGAAAUCAGCCAGCAAAGUAAAGGGCAAAUCUCUUGAUAUCGUGUUUCAGUUUGGGAUGUCGGGGAAGUUUGAUUUCUAUGAGGCCACAGAACUUAAGAAGCACGCACAUCUGAAUUUCUUCACCAGAAGUGAACCCCAGAUGGUACUAAGCUUUGUGGACUAUAGGAGGUUUGGUAAAUGGCAUGUGGGUGGGGAUUGGUCACAAGGAAGAGGGCCGUGUGUCUUGUUUGAAUACCAGGCCUUCAGGAAAAAUGUUUUGGAUAAUGUAAAGGAUUCGGCUUUCAACAAACCAAUCUGUGAAUCUCUUCUGAACCAAAAAUACUUUAAUGGAAUUGGAAAUUAUUUGAGAGCUGAAAUUUUAUACAGGGCUGGAAUUCCACCAUUUGUGGCUGCUAGAUCAGUUUUGGAGCCCCUGCUUGAUGAAUUGUCAGAGAGUUCAAUGAAAGUGAAGGUCAAGUCUGAGUCCCAAGACAUUUUACAGCUGUGUCACACACUGCCGCAGGAAGUAGUGAACCUAGGAGGGACAGGGUAUGACCCUGAAGGGAGAGACCCAGACUACUCCAAGUUCUCAGAGUGGCUCCAGUGCUACUACAAACCAGACAUGAAAAACAUGGCUGACCACAACAAGAGAACAAUAUGGUAUCAUGGAAAUCCAGGGCCCAUGCUUCCAAAAGAUAUCAAAACUAGAGGGUUAAAGAGAAGUUCAAAAGUAGCCAAAAAUAAUAUGAAGAAAAUGAAGAAAGGGGACUUGGAAUCUGAAGAGUCAAAGGAGGAGAAUGGUAGAUCUCUUAUUGUAACACGUGAACAGCUCCAUAAAGCAGAAGACAGUGACCCAAAGCAGUCUUCAGCAAAAUCAUUAACAAAGUCAUCUUCUAAAUCAUUAAAAACAUCAUCCACCAAGGGCAGAAAGUCCAUUAGUUCAGCAGAUGUGAGAAAAAAUGGAUCUGCUUUCCCAAGAAGGAAGCUAGCAGAAGGAGAAGAAAAUGGCUUGGUUUUGAAGAAAUCAAAAUUCUUCAUCUCUGAUAAUGAUAUCACAUCAUCAGGUGUUAUUAAUAGAGAUUCAGAUACUGGUACUCCUAAAGCAUCAAAGUUACUGAGAGGAAAGAAGAAGAAAAACUCCAGCAUGCCAGUGAUGGAGUCUGAUAGCAGACGACAGAGGGGGGUGACAUCUGCUGGCAAUAGACAGAAGAAGUCUGUUGUUACAACAAUGAUUGGCAGAAACUCACCAGAAGUCACUCCGAAAUGUGUGAGACAAAGAGCAGCAAGAGCGGAGAGGGCAAAGUUGCGCCAUCAGAGGUAAUGCUUUAACAAAUCUUCUUCCCACAAGAUAAUUCAGGAAAAAGAACAGAAUGGAACACAGCCAUCAUUCAUUGUCAGGAAUGUCUGUUAUCAAGUAACACCAUGAUCAAAACUAAUCACUACAGGAUGACGCAAUUUUUGCCAGAAUAAAAUGGACUGGAUCUGGGUCUAAAGAUAUUUUGUUCCAUAGAAACAAAAAUAGUUACAACUGUAAAGUCUCAGUCUGUGUCUUUGGAAGUUGUCUUUGGGUCAGAUAUGGAAUUAUUUAAAUGAUUAUAGACUCAAUAGUUUGUUUGUUGAAAUUGUAUAGAACACUGAUUUUGACUACAGAUUACUCCGGUUACCUGGACUGGGUUGCUCAAAACCUUGGUUAAGCUUAACCAGUGGUUAAAUAACUUGUCCACUGGUUAAGUUUUAGCCAAUGGUUAAAUUCUAUUCGUUAUCUUCACCUUUCAUACAUUACCUGAUCAAGAUAUAAGGCUCAGGGCGGGUGUGACCGGUCGACAGGGGAUGCUUACUCCUCCUAUGCUCCUGAUCCCUCCUUUGGUAUAUCCAGGGGUCCGUAUGAGAUUGUUAUCUUCACCUUUCAUAGUACUAUUGGAUUUUGUGAAUGUGUUUUUUUAAUGAAAUAAUGAAAUUUUUAAAAUCUGGAUAAAAAAGAUGUACAUUUUUUAAUAUGCAAGUUUUUUCUUUAUUAGUGUACAUAUAAAUAUUUUCUGAGUUUUUUUUUAUUAUUAUAAAAAUACAAUUUACUCUAUUUAAUAUCAUGACUAUAUGUGAGGUAACUGAUAUAAAUGAUAAUCAGAUCUUGAUUAUAUUUGUAAUGAGUGAAUCUGAGAGCAUGUAGAAACUUUUUGACAAGGAGAUAGUACUUUACCAUGUUCAAAUCAUUUUCAAUGUUAUACAUGAAUAUAUAUACAUUCACCAAUGUCUUGUCAAUAAUGAUCCUUUGCCUGUUCAAUUUUUAUACACCCGUCAUAUUAUGAUAUGGCACUGUCCGUCUCUCUGUCUUUUUUUCUGAAACAGAUGCAUGUAUGACUUUGAAAUUUGGUCACAAUUUCUCCCUCAAGAAUUGUAAGAGUGAGUUUGCAUUUUAGGUGGAUUGGUCCGUCUUUGACUUAUUUUACAGCCAUAAGUAGGUCAAACAGUUUUCCGGACUUUUUUCGUUACAGAUACAGAUAUUGCCCUGAAAUUUACACAUAACCUUCCUCCCAGAGGAAUACAAAUUCAGUUGGCAUUUCAGCUGGAUUGGCCUGUGCGUCCAUGACCUACAUUAGGACUAAAAGGAGGCCAAACAGUUUUCCUGGCUUUUUUUCAUUAUGGGUACAGAUAUUGCCCUGAAAUUUAGUCACAGGUUUCCUCUUGGAGGAAUACAAGUUCAGUUUGCAUUUCAGCUGGAUUAGUCCAUCCUUGACCUACUUUUGGGCUAAAAAUAGGUCAAACAGUUUUCCGACUUUUUUCUUUAUGGAUACAGAUUUUGCCCUGAAAUUUAAUCACAGGCUUCCUCUCGAAGUUAGCAGUUAGCAUUUCAGAUGGAUUGGCACACUAUGACCUACUUUAGGGGUAAAAAUAGGCCAAACAGUUUCCUGGCUUUUUUUCAUUAUGGGUACAGAUAUUGCCCUGAAAUUUAGUCACAAGUUUCCUCUUGGAGGAAUACAAAUUCAGUUUGCAUUUCAGCUGGAUUGGUCCAUCCUUGACCUACUUUUGGGCUAAAAAUAGGUCAAACAGUUUUCCGGACUAUUUUCUUUAUGGAUACAGAUUUUGCCCUGAAAUUUAAUCACAGGAUUCCUCUUGAAGGAAUACAAGUGCAGUUAGCAUUUCAGAUGGAUUGGCACACUAUGACCUACUUUAGGGGUAAAAAUAGGUCAAACAGUUUUCCAGAUUUUUUUUGUUUGGUGUGGUCACAGGUAUUGCUAUGAAAUUUAGUCACAACCUCCCUCUCAGAGAAAUACAUAAUCAGUUCACAUUUUAAACAUUUAAACUUAAUUGGUGCACCAUGACUUUCUGUAGGGCUAAAAGUAGAUCAGAUGGUUUUCUGGACUUUUUUGUCAUCAUAGACAGAUAUUGCACCGACAUUUUGUCACAACCUCACUCUCGAAGAAAUACAUAAUCAGUUCACAUGUCAGAUGGAUUGGUGCACCAUGAUCCACUUUAAGACUUUUCUAUUCAGAAUGUGUGUUGUAUCAAUUCAGAGUGCACAACAUGCUUCCAGGUUGAAUUUCACUGUCCGGCGGUUGUAUAUUGUACCAUUUGUUGAAAUUCACUGUCCGGGGGCGUAUAUUAUUGUACUGUUUGCGGUCCUCGUUAUAUCCUUACAUUGCAUAUACAUGUAGAACUUUGCUUACUUCAUAAAGAGGCUUGCUUUGUGUGGAAUACAUUUUGGAGCAUAAUAAACUUUAUUUUAUAAAAGA